CGCCCCGCAGCCUGCUGGGCCUCGGUGUGGGACUGCGUGUCCCUCGGCUCCUGCCGCGGGCCUCGGGGAGAGGGGUGGAAGAUGUCUAUGGAUGUGACAUUUCUGGGGACGGGCGCAGCAUACCCAUCCCCAACCCGGGGUGCCUCUGCUGUGGUCCUUCGGUGUGAGGGCGAGUGCUGGCUCUUUGACUGUGGGGAGGGAACACAGACACAGCUUAUGAAAAGCCAACUUAAAGCAGGGAGAAUUACCAAGAUCUUCAUCACACAUCUUCAUGGAGAUCAUUUCUUUGGCCUUCCUGGCCUCCUCUGCACAAUCAGCCUACAGAGUGGCUCCGUGGUCUCCAAACAGCCUAUUGAAAUCUAUGGCCCUAUAGGGCUUCGGGACUAUAUCUGGCGAACCAUGGAACUUUCUCACACAGAGUUGGUUUUCCCUUACGUGGUCCAUGAGCUGGUGCCUACAGCAGAUCAAUGUCCUGCAGAAGAACUAAAAGAAUUUUCACAUAUGAAUAGAGCAGACAACCCUCCCAAAGAGGGACAAGGAAGAACUAUCCUAUUAGACUCAGAAGAAAACUCAUACCUUCUGGUUGAUGAUGAACAGUUUGUGGUAAAAGCAUUUCGCCUCUUUCACAGAAUUCCCUCCUUUGGAUUUUCAGUUGUGGAAAAGAAACGCCCAGGUAAACUCAAUGCGCAGAAACUAAAAGACCUCGGUGUUCCGCCAGGUCCUGCCUAUGGGAAGCUGAAAAAUGGAAUUUCUGUUGUUCUGGAAAAUGGGGUUACAAUUUCUCCCCAAGAUGUCUUAAAAAAGCCUAUUGUUGGAAGAAAAAUCUGCAUAUUGGGUGAUUGUUCUGGGAUUGUGGGUGAUGGAGGAGUGAAGCUGUGCUUUGAAGCAGACCUGUUGAUCCAUGAAGCGACCCUGGAUGAUGCCCAGAUGGACAAAGCAAAGGAGCAUGGCCAUAGCACGCCACAGAUGGCAGCAACGUUUGCAAAGUUGUGCCAUGCAAAGAGGCUGGUUCUGACUCACUUCAGUCAAAGGUACAAACCAGUUGCCUUGGCCAGAGAAGGAGAAACAGAUGGCACUGCAGAACUAAAAAAGCAAGCUGAAUCAGUGUUAGAUCUCCAAGAAGUGACUCUAGCAGAAGAUUUUAUGGUAAUUGGCAUUCCGAUCAAGAAAUGAAACCAGUGUUCCUGAAUGCAUAUCGACUUGUCUGUGACUAUGUUACUGAACCUACAGUCCAGUUUUAUGUUUUUUGUUUUUGGUCUGAAAUUAUUUGGGCCCUGAGAAUCCUAAAAAGGAUAGACCUGCAUUGCUAAACUGACUCAGUAGUGAGAGGGAGCAAGCUUUUUGAUAAUAAAUCAUUUUUAAAAGAAAAAAGCCCAGCAUCCUUCUUAAAGUCCAAAUUUGACAAAAUGAUAGACAAUUCAGGUAUACUUCUCCUUUUGUGGCUACUGCCACAAAUAUAUGCCAGUAUUCCAUGCAAUCCUGGGCUUAGCUUCUGCCCAUCUUUAUUGCUGUUGUUGGCACAGUACACAGGGCUUGGCCCUCUUGGCUAAAAAUGGUAUUUUUGGCAGUUUGUAUUGAAUCUGUUCUUGUUAUUAACAGAAUAGAGAGAAAUGUAAUGAGACAUGGGACAUGCAGGAUUGGUGAUAGCAUGACAAUAGCUUUGCUGAAAUACUGAAUGCAGGGUUGGGCUGGGUGUUGAUCUUAGUAUUUUAUUGAACUUUCUGGUUUGCUCUUA